ACUGUUUUGUGCACACCGCGUGACGUAUUACGCAUGUCACUUGUCGGUCAGUGUGGUGUUGUUGAAAGGCGCUCGGAGCAGAACUGAAGGCACUCAGGAUGCUGCGGUUGCGGUGCAAGGCCAAGAAUGGGACCCAUCUGAUGCAAGGCCUCACGCACCAGUCCUGCGUUCAAGAGCUGAAAGACAAGGUAGAGGAACUGACCGGUAUACCAUGCGACGUGCAGAAGAUCAUGGUGGGCUACCCUCCCUCCAGUUUGGAUCUCCGUAACGGAGGUGCCCAUCUCAAGGACUACCCUAUAAAAUCAGGAGACACUCUUAUCGUAGAAGAAGAAAAGAACAAACCAAAAGCUCAGACUAAUGCUGCUGUAACAAAGGUCCCGUGCCUGGACUCCAGCCCUGUCCUGGAGCGCCGUGUGGUUCCUGCUGACAACUCUUGCCUCUUUACCAGUGUUAACUAUGUGGUGGAGGGGGGUGUGUACGACCCAGCCUGCGCACCAGAGAUGCGCGGCCUCAUCGCCCAGAUUGUGGCCAGCGACCCAGCCGCCUACUCGGAGGCAGUGCUGGGCAAAAGCAACGAGGAAUACUGCGCCUGGAUCCGGCGUGACGACACGUGGGGCGGCGCCAUCGAGGUGUCUAUCCUGUCUAAGUUCUACCAGUGCGAGAUUUGUGUAGUGGACACGCAGACUGUGCGCGUGGACCGCUUCGGCGAGGAUGCAGGCUACCAAAAACGCGUCUUGCUCAUUUACGAUGGCAUCCACUACGACCCACUGCAGAGGGUGACGCCCGGCUCGGACGUCCCACCACAGACUAUCUUCUCCACGACCGACGACAUCAUUCUGGCACAGGCGUUGGAGCUGGCGGACGAGGCGCGGCGCAAGCGGCAGUACACGGACGUCAACCGCUUCGCGCUGCGCUGCAUGGUGUGCCAGACCGGUCUCGUGGGACAGAAGGAGGCGAGGGAGCACGCCAAGGAUACGGGCCACACCAACUUUGGCGAGGUGUAGAAGUUCACUUUGGAUCACCUUUAACUUGCUUCCCACUGCCACCUCCCAGCAUACGUUUUGUCCCCUGUCACUAUUUCACAGCUGUGUGUCUCAGCUUGGUGCCGUUUUCUACCUCACAAUGUGUUUCUCCCCAUCUCCCAACUUUUCAGUAUUAAUUACGACUUUGGUUAACACUGGGUUUAAAGGUUCCUGAGGUUUAAGCAUUAUGUUUUCGUGUGUGUAUCAGCACAGUAGUAAUAACACCUUUUUAUUUUGAUAUGUAGCAGUUGAGUUCGUUGCCUAACGAGAGGAGUGAGCCUUUAUUCAAACCAAAACGGAAAAAAGAAAUGCCUUCUUUAUCGAUGUUUUAAAGUUGCAACACUAUUGCAUACUAGAUGGCAUCGUUGCAUUUGUGUGAUUCCCCCCAUUUUUAAGGUUGCAUUGCACAUUUUCAGAACAACUGAUGGCACUACAUGGUCACUGGCUCAGUAAUAACUGUUACUUGAAGUAGCUGCAGAGAUCAAACAUUGGGCGAUGAGCGUUCUUUAGUAGUUUUUAAACGGGCAGCUUCUCAUUUUAAGUAUUUGAAAGGCAUUGGUUGUAGAGCUAGUUAGGCUUCCAAAAGAGUGGAUUGUUUUUGGAGGUUUUUUUUGGUAGAGAAUAACAAAUGGUGCUGAUUGUGGACUCACUUAUACAUUAAAUAGCAUAGUGUUGUGGAUUUUCUGUUUCUAAUAGCACUGUUUUUAUUGUUUGUAAAACUGGCCAUGCAAAACACUUUUAUGCAAGCGGCUGUGGAAUUUUUUGUAAUGACGAAUUAACGCAGCAGUGGCGAGUUUUUCUUUUCUUCAGUGGAGAAUUGUGUCAUAUUGAACUUUUUUGAAAUGCUGUUUGGAAACACUGGGGCAAACGUUGAUGACUUCUUGGCUUAGUUCAUUAAGUGGUAUGAGUGGGUCAACGAUAACACAGAAUGUAUUCUAAUGCUGGUGAUAAAUAACCAUGAAAUCCCAACACAUCUGCAGUCAGGUACUGUCCACACAACACAAUGCUUUGUAAGUUAUUUUAUGAUAUUACUAGAAAUUGUGCCACUGUGAGGCCAAAGGAAAUAUAAUCAUGUGGCUUUUUUUCGGCCAGAUUUGACAAUGAUGUUAAGCUAUAUGCGCUUUCUUGUCAUUAAUGUGAGAUUUAAACUGAAUUACUUAGUAGAGAUCUAACAAAGUUGGUAAGUGGGCCUGAGGAACUGCAUGCUGUAAUGGUUACACCAGAAAUAAAGGUUGAAUUGAUAC